AUAUUGAUGAAUGUGCAACUGGGAAAAACCAGUGUCCGUUCAACCGUCAGUGCACCAACACGUUUGGAAGUUACUACUGCAAGUGCCAGACGGGUCACGAUCUCAAAUACGUCAGUGGAAAGUACGACUGUGUUGAUAUUAAUGAAUGCGUGUCCAAUACACAUAAGUGCAGUCAUCACGCCGAGUGCAUCAACACUCAUGGAUCCUACAAGUGUAAAUGCAAGCAGGGUUUCCGUGGCAGUGGAUUUGAUUGUUCAGUCAAGCCUUUUUAUCACAGAUCCUGGGAAGCUGAGAAAGGAAAUGCAGAUGUGUUUCUCAAUGCUAUUCCUGAUUUCCCCUCCAAAACUCGUAUUCUGGGCGGCAAGUUUGACAACACCAUCCCCGAGCCUGCGGUGACCGGAUCUCCACGACUGCACCCGCAGCCCUACGACUACGACGGCCCUUCGGAGCAGACGCCCGUGUUUCCAGAGGAGGAGAAGUUUUAUGAUGAAGAAGAUGAGGAGGAGGAGGAGGAGGAAGAUGACACAGGAAACCAGCUGGAGGGCGAGGAGCUGAACCCCAGAGGAGAUGCUUUCUGUGAGUGA